GGAGACGCACUUUCAAAAUGGCUUCCAAACACGAGCCGGUCUAUCAAAUUUUCUCAUUUCAGGACUAUAAAUCUUCUUCCGACCCGAUUUUUGAACUCCCCGCCCAGUGUGCGAGCCCUGCGCCGGCCCCUAUAGUGAUAGAUAACGGCUCGUUCCAGACCCGGGCCGGCUGGGCGGCUCCGGCGGCAGAGCGGGACUCUCCGCUGGACUCUCCGCGGCUGCUCUUCAGGUCGGUGGCGGCGCGCAGCAGAGGGGCGGCCCGCAGCGAGACCCAGAUCGGUAACGAUAUCCCGAACCUGGAGCCGCUGCGGUGGCUGCUGAAGAGCCAGUUUGACCGAAACGUGGUGGUCAACUUCGAGAUACAGGAGCUCAUCUUCGACUACGUGUUCACACACCUGGGUAUCAGCUCAGAGGGCAGCGUGCCACACCCUGUUGUGGUGACAGAGGCACCCUGCAACCCGUUGCACUGUCGCCAGAUGAUGUCAGAGUUGCUGUUUGAGUGCUACCGCGUCCCGUACGUCUCCUAUGGCGUGGACGGCUUGUACAGUUUCUACCACAAUAACACACAGAGGAAUCUGCAGCCACCACACACGGGCAUUGUUCUGUCCUCGGGAUACCACUGUUCACACAUCCUGCCGGUCAUCAACGGCAGGUUUGAUGCGGUGAACUGUAAGCGUGUGAACGUGGCUGGGAGUCAGGCAGCGUCCUACCUGCAGCGCCUUCUCCAGCUGAAGUACCCAGGUCACCUCGCCGCCAUCACACUCAGCAGAGUGGAGGAACUGCUGCAUGAACACAGUUACGUGGCUGUGGAUUACCAUGAAGAGCUGGAAAAGUGGCGUAGCCCAGAGUUUUAUGAGCGGGAGGUUCACCGUAUGCAGCUUCCCUUCUCUGGUAAGGUGCCGGGUGGCUGCGUGAGCGUGGAGGAGAGGCAGGAGAGACGAGCUCAGCAGCUUCGACGGCUUCAGGAGAUCAACGCUCGCCGGCGGGAAGAGAAGCUGCUGCAGGACCAAGAGAGGCUGGACAGACUUAUGGCAAUACAGGAGCUGCUUGAGGACGGUCUGUUGGAUCAGUUUCAUAAGAGCCUGGUGGAGCUCAACAUGGACUCCGCUGAGGAGCUGCAGUCGUACAUCAACAAACUGCAGCUGGCUGUGGAGCAGGGCAGACAGAAACUGCUGCACAGCGAUGGGGCAGAGGGAAAGUCGGAGGUGUCUGAGCUGGAGCAGCCGAUGGACGAGGGAGAUGGAGUGUCGCUGAUGGAUCCUGAAUUCCCUGAGGACACGCUGCCAGAAAAACCUGCUAAUGUGGUUCAGCCUGUGUUCAACAUGGCGGAGUACCACCAGCUGUUUGUAGGGACAGAGCGUCUGCGGUGUCCAGAGAUCAUGUUCCAGCCCUCACCCACUGGAGAGGACCAGAUGGGACUGAUGGAGACACUGCAGUACGUCUUGGCCAGAUACACUCCAGAGCAGCAGGAGGCGUUGGUGAGCAAUGUGUUUCUGACAGGAGGGAACAUGCAGUACCCCGGGAUGAAGGAGAGAGUGGAGAGAGAGCUGCUGGCGAUGAGACCGUUCCAGUCACACUUCAAGGUGACAAUGGCGUCGCGGCCAGCCCUGGACGCCUGGUAUGGAGCGAGGGACUGGGCCUUGGAGCAUCCACCUGGUGGAGAAGGAGGAGCAGCAGAUGGAUGGAUAAGCAGACAGGAGUACGAGGAGAAAGGAGGCGAGUACCUGAGCGAGCACUGUGCUUCUAAUGUCUUUGUUCCCAUGAAAAUCGCAAAACCAAUUCCUGCUCGCUCCACUGAGCCCCCUCUUACCUCACUGACAUCAACCGGCACUUCUGCUGCCGUCGCCUCAGUUACGGCCGCCUCGUGUUCUACUGUUGCUGCUGAUGUUUCCGUGGUUACCUCCUAGACUGCGAUCUCCAUUAUCGUGAGUCUCUGAUGUUCAUUCAGUCAAAGGUGAGGACGGCUUUGGUCUUUGGUUCUGAGGGACUGAAACUUUAUGUGUAUCAAUGUGGUCUGCUGUUAGACGUUUCUCCGUGGAAAGACAAAGAAACACAUCACCAAACAACGAUAUAAGCUCAGAAAUUUGAGGUACAUUCGCAGUAGCUGUUUAGUUUUCCCUUCUGUACCAACAAAGUGUUGAGUACAGAGUAUUGAAUCGGAAUAAUCUUCCUGUCUGUUGUCACUCUUCAUCUCUCUGUUUUGGUCUCCUGUGACUUUUUGAACUUCCUGACUGGCACUCUUUUGGAAAUACAUUUCAUUGAAUUUUCAUAAUGCCUGGUGAAACUACAAGAGACCAUUCAUAUUGAACGGUCAUCAAAUGAAAGAUCUUUAAAGGUCGAGUGGGAAUAUUUUGUAUUACUAUGUAAAUAGAAUUUGUUGUUGAUAUGUUUUUUAAAAAUAUAUUUUCACUGAUGGAAACAGCUGUUUGCCUUUGUUUGAAUGAAAGUCUGGCAGCUGUCUGAUGCAACUGGUUACAGAUGAACUGUCUUACUUUGUGAUUGGUCCCCAGUUUUUUUUAAUUAUUACUUUAGCUCACUUUAAAACCAAUUAAUGGUUCAGUUUCCUGAAAUUACACAUACACAGCUACUUACCUUUUAUCUGUCCAUGCAGAUGCUUUUGUUUUGAUUCCAGGUUUUAUCUGUCCAAACAUUU